AAGAUGAGCUUCAAAAAGCAACACAAAAUAGUUUUGUGGUGGUUUGCUAUUGUUUUCCAAUUUUUCUUGCUUGUCAAUGGUUCAAGGGUGCACCAUGAUAGGAACAGUACUCUAGCCAAAGAGAGUCGCAAAUUGCAACAAGUUUCUCCUCCUGUCACAAUGACUAUCACAACUGGCUAUGUGGUAAUUGAUAAUGGCAUUGUGCAACUUUCUUUAACUAAUCCCACUGGAGCAAUUGUUGGAGUUAAAUAUAAUGGGAUCGAUAAUCUCCUCGAACCCUUACAAGAAACACAGAGGGGAUAUUGGGAUACUGUGUGGAGCGGUAAAUUUGACACGCUUUUUGCGUCAAAGUUUAGUGUGAUAGCACAAGAUGUUAACAAAGUCGAAGUUUCUUUCAAAAAAACAUAUGACCCUUCGAGUGGUAACAAUCCUCCUCUAAACGUUGACAAAAGGUAUGUGAUGCUGCGUGGGAGUUCUGGAUUUUAUUCAUAUGGAAUAUUUGAACACUUAAAAGGAUGGCCUGAUCUAAACUUGGAUGAAGCUAGAAUUGCUAUUAAGCUCAGCAAGUCACUGUUCCAUUAUAUGGCAAUAUCAGACGAUAGGCAAAGGGUAAUGCCAUCAGAAGAGGAUCGUGCAAGUGGACAAGUUCUCGAUUUUGAAGAAGCUGUUAAACUCACAAAUCCAUCCAACCCUAAACUCAAAAACGAGGUCGAUGACAAGUACCAAUAUUCGGAUGAGGUAAAAAAUAUUAAAGUUCAUGGGUGGAUUAGUGAUACUCCACACAUGGGUUUUUGGGUAAUUUCACCAAGUUAUGAAUAUUGUAAUGGUGGUCCUAUGAAGCAAGAUCUUACCUCUCAUGUUGGUCCAACGUCAAUGGCUGUAUUUUUCAGUAGGCAUUAUGCAGGGCCACAAUUGGGAGUUUCACUAACAAAUGGUGAGGCAUGGACAAAAGUUUUUGGUCCAGUAUUUUUCUAUGUUAAUUCAGAUUCUAGCAAUGACCACAGCAUACUUUGGGAAGAUGCCAAAACACAGAUGAAUGAAGAAACUAAAAAAUGGCCAUAUGAUUUCCCUGCAUCAACGGAUUAUCCCCAUGCGAAUCAACGUGGCUCAGUUAGUGGUCAAUUAAUGGUCCAUGACUGGUACAUAAACAAAGAUGCUGUUCCUGCAAAAAAUGCAUAUAUUGGACUUGCUGCACGUGGAGUCAUUGGAUCUUGGCAAAGUGAGACCAAGGGUUAUCAAUUUUGGACUCAAACUGAUAAUUCUGGUAACUACAAGAUAAAUAAUGUCAGACCUGGAAUUUAUGGCUUAUAUUCUUGGGUCCCUGGAGUUAUGGGAGAUUACAAGUUCUCUUCUGAUGUGGCUAUCACACAAGGGAAGGAAACACAUUUAGGUCAAAUAAUUUUUGAAGCUCCAAGAAAUGCUCCAACUCUAUGGGAAAUUGGAUUUCCAGACAGAACUGCUUCUGAAUUCUUUAUACCCGAUCCAUUGCCUAGUCUUCAAAAUUAUUUGUACAUUAACAGUACUGUAUAUAAGUUUAGACAAUAUGGUUUAUGGGAUCGUUACACGGAUUUAUAUCCUAAUGGAGACUUAGUAUACAAAGUUGGUGUUAGUGAUUUUCGAAAAGAUUGGUUCUUUGCCCAUGUAAACAGGAGAAAUACUGACAACAGUUUUUCACCAGCGACAUGGCAAAUUUCAUUUGCUCUUAAAAAUGUGGAUCCUGCUGGCACUUAUUAUCUUCGUAUAGCUUUGGCUUCUGCAUCCUAUGCUCAUUUGCUAAUGUGGAUAAAUACUCCCUCAAAACCAAGGCCAUGGUUUGAUUCAUCACAAGUUGGAUUGAGUAAUGCAAUAGCCAGACAUGGGAUUCAUGGAUUAUAUAUGAUUUUCAAUAUUGAAUUUCCAGGGACUCAACUUCAUGUUGGUGAAAAUAUAAUAUAUUUGAAGCAAGCAUCAGUUAAUGGUCCUUUUACUGGACUCAUGUAUGAUUAUAUUCGUCUCGAAGGUCCUUCACAAUAGAAAGAGGAGGAUUUUGAUAAUUAGAAGAUAGAUUUUCCCCCCUAAAGGGGAUAUAAACAAUCAUGAUUUUAUUUAUACAUAGGUAUAGUCAUUUUUUUUUAGUUUUGCCAUUCAAUUAUUGUCUUGAGAACGGAUGUUGUUCUCGAGAGUACUUUAGUUUUGAGAACGGAUGUUGCUAGUCAAUUAUUACCAGUCUAAUAAAAUUCUCUCAUCGUUGGUACUUUAGUUUUGUUUGUUUGUUUGUCUUCGGUUUAUUAUCUCUAAUAAUUACUAGUGUUUGCCUUACUAGCUUACUUGAUUUGCUUAAUGUGUCUAUUACAUAUGCUUUUAUGUCUCAAACUUGCAGAUUUUUUUUUUUUUUUUUUUUUUUGUUGUCAUUUUAUAAAACUUAAGACAAUUCUCGCAAGGACAAUCCAAUGAUAUGAUUCAUAGGUCACAUGUCGAAUCAAAGUGUUACAAGUUUAAUUUUCUUUACUUCCA